UCCUAUCAUCUUUGUGACGUCUGUUAAGGGAACAGAAAGAUGCCUGCGCUCAAUAAAAUCAUCGCCGUCAAUUUAAUGCUGCUGGUUCUGGUAUAUACCGGUCAAUCCCGAGUUGCCGUCUUGCAGCACCCUCAGUCGGUAGACGCGACCGAAGGAGACUCGGUGACAAUGUACUGUACCUAUGGGGAUGGGAUGGUCCAGGUUCCUGUCGGGCAAGUCUCCUGGUCACGCGGCGCUUCGAGGGAAAACGCGACAGACCUGGAGGGGGACCUGCAGCUUGUGGGUCGACUGGAGAAGUCGAAACCCCGUGACUUUAUCGAGAGGAAAAUUUUCAUAAAAAUCUCCGACGUCAGGAGGCACGAUUCCGCCACGUAUUACUGCACAGUCAAGGCAAUGGGUGGGGCAAGCAACAUCGGGAACGGUACCAAACUCACAGUAAAACGGCUGCUUUGUGGAAAUGAAUUUCUUUCGCCUCCAGCCACUGGGCUCCUUGUUGGAAAAUGCGUUCUCAUCGCCUUGCUGAUUCUCUUUGGCGUUGUGGUAUGCCUAGUUAAGCCAAAGAAUCCUGAUUGUGACAAAGGUUAGAUCAUGAAAUCUGCGACUUCCAAAGUUUACAAGAGACGAUUGACCAUCCAUGAAGAACAAUGAAAUGAAAGUUUAUUUGGAAUAAACGAUUAAUUCACCCCACCCGACUCAUGGCAAAUAUUGCUGCCUCCACAUCAUAAAUUCAUACUUUGCCCAAAGAUGAAUGUUUUUAUUUGCUUAUGAGAUUUCUUUUUUUUUAAAAGAGCAUUUACCAUUUUCUCAUUCAUGCUUUGAGGGGUGUUUGGAGAAGCUGAAAUCAAUGACUCAGUUAACAUCUUGUUAUUAGCUACACAGUCCAGAGAUAAUGUUAUGCUGUGUUUUAUUUGAUGUUCCUGCAUUUGUACUGUCGUUAAUGUCGGGUUAUGUAUUUGAAGGGGGUGGUGUGGGGGGUGGGGAGAAGCUGUUAAUAUAUUUUACAGAAUUACAUAAGAAAUAAAAGUGGGAGUAGGCCAUUUGCUCCCAAAACUUGCUUCACCAUUCAA